AGUGACUCAAUUUUGACAAAAAAGAAGAAAAAAGAAAAGGCUAAAGAGAGGAGAAGCUAUGGCUACUCUUAGAAAUCCAAGAAAAUACCAAUCUUUGAUCAUUCUUUUUCAGUUCUUUCUGUUAAUACAAAUCCAAUUAGUGUUCUGUUAUCAAUACAAAGUUGGAGAUUUAAAUGCUUGGAAUAUACCCUCUUCUGCAAAUAAAGAUGUCUAUCUCAAAUGGUCCAAGAAUCACAUCUUCAAGCUUGGAGAUUCAAUCUUGUUUUUGUACCCACCAAGUGAAGAUUCAGUAAUACAGGUAACAAAACAGAAUUACAACAGUUGCAACCUUAAAAAUCCAAUCUUGUACAUGAACAAUGGGAAUUCUCUGUUUAACAUUACAAGACCUGGAGAGUUUUACUUCACAAGUGGAGCAGAAGGGCAUUGUGAGAAGUUGCAGAAACUUCAUAUUUCAAUUGGAGGAGGAAAUGGAACAAGUUAUGAUGAAGCAGAUUCACCUGCUUUUGCUCCAUCACCUUCUUACACUAAUGUUUUUGGUUCAAUUCCUGUCCAAUCUUCUAAUUCAACCUCUGCUUCGUCUUCUGGGAAAGUUGAAAUCUCUGUUUUUGCUGCUGUUGGAUUGCUCUUUCUUACUCUGUUUAUAGGAAGCACUAUUCUUUAGAAAACGGGACAGGGCAUUUUGGAUUUUGGGUUUUGGAGAUUCCACUCAUAUUUUUUUGUGUAUUGAGGCGUUAUUUAUUUUUACUUUUCAUGUUGUUAAAUUUGUGAAAGAGUUCAUUCAUUAUGAUUAUAUAAGUUUCUUGAUGGAGCUUCCCAA